AUGGUUCAUGCUGAUGCGUCAAACUUUGCCGAGGGCGUCACAAAGGAGGAUGCCUAUGAGCAAGUGCUCUGGCAGGCCGAAGGUCUAGUCACAGACCAACGCAAUUGGGUUUGCAAUCUUUCAAACGCUGCCUCUCUAUUAUGGCACGCAUACAAGUCCUUGGGUUCACCAAGUAAGGACGUGAACUGGGCUGGAUUCUACGUCCUUGACAAGUCAUCUAAAGACCCGCAACUUAUCCUCGGCCCAUUUCAGGGCAAGGUGGCUUGCCAGACCAUUAAGUUCGGCAAGGGCGUCUGUGGUACAGCGGCAGCAACUCAUGAGACACAACUGGUUCGAGAUGUGGAGGAGUUCCCUGGACACAUCGCCUGUGACGGAGAUAGUAAGAGUGAGAUCGUUGUGCCUAUUCUCGUUGCUCAGGACGACGGUACCAAGAAGCUGGUGGCUAUCAUUGACAUCGACUGUGCUGAACUGAAUGGCUUUGAUGAGGUCGACAAGGCACAUCUAGAACAGCUUGCGGCUCUGCUCGCCACGAGCUGUGACUGGUAG